CUCUCUCUCUCUCUCUCCCCUUUCACCCACCCCGCCCUUGGCCCCUGUCCGGCCUUCCCCAACACCGCGGUAGAAUGGCUCGAACAACUGUGUUGGUGCGCGGUCGUCGCCGACCGCUGGGGGUCUGCCUGGCUUUCCCGGCCCUCCUAAUACUUGCCCUGCUCGGGUCUUGGGUGGCGGCCUCCCCGCGUGCCCGGGCCCCGACCGGGUACGAUGUCCUUCCGCCGGCGCGCCUGUCUCCGGCCGAUCGGACCUUGGUCGCGCAGAUGGAAUCCGACAUCAUCGCCCAGACCAAGCCGGCGCGCGCCGAGUGCACUGGCCAGGAUGAUGGCUGCCUUUUCUGGAACACAUUUAAGACCGCCAAGCCGGUGGCCGAUCAGCGCCUCAUGAAAACCCAGCUCCUAGGCCAUGUGCACCGGCAGUUGGCCGAGAUUGGUGGCGCCUCCAUGCCCGGGGUGUCGGUAGCCAAGUCUCGGCAGCUGGACCAGCCCGGGGCCGUGGUCGAGCAUAUUGCGGAAAUCCUGCGCCAGUCGCCGAAGGUCCGCAUUGUGUUUGAUAUUUACAACAUCAUGGAGGAUCCGCUGAAUGAGGAGGAGAUCCGCAACACCUUGCUACGCUUUUGCGAAGAUGUGGAGCUGGUCGAAGUCCAGGCCGACCAGGCCCCCGCGGUGGCCAGCGAUGCGGAUCUCCGCUGGUCGCCGGAUGCCCCGUAUGCCUUCCAAUGCAUGGUUCGCAUGAUGCCGGUGCCGACCACCCUGGCCGAAAAUACGGUCCGCGCUCUGCGCUUUGAGUCUAUGGGCGAAGUGUCUGGCGAUGUGCCUGAGUCUCUCGAGCACAACUUCAUCGCCUUCCACCAGGAGGCCAUGUCGAAGGAGAAUGACCCGGCGCGCGUGUCGGUCUUCCUCCUAUCCAGCGAACUCAUGCUGCAGGGCUCAAACCUGCACUAUUGGCCAGACUGCUUCGGCACCAAUGUCGGCUGCAUGGGCACUAGCGCCCCCAUCUUCUGGCUGGACACCAGCCGUACGGAUGCCUUCUCCGAGUGCAAGGACUGCCCCGAGCUUACGCGGUCCCUGCUGCGACUGAUCACCACCAGCCUGAGCCCCGUGGCCCCGGAGCAGUUCCUCCUGCCACAGUAUGACCUGCAUACGCACCACGGCCACGAUGGGUCGGAUGGGGAUCAUCAACACCACGAGGAUGAUGGUGCGGCCGUGACAGACGAGUUGUUCCUGGAGUUCGCGGACCAGCACCAGUCGGCCAGCGGCGGGUCCGGCGGGUCGCGCGGGCAUGGUGACACCCUCACAGCCUGGGCCCUGGCCGAGGUGGCCCGGUCGCUCGGCGCGCCGCGGUACACCGGCGACGGGUCUCACAGCGACCCGGUAACGGUGCGCUUCAUCCCGCUGAUUGUCGGCGAUGGCGCUGGCGACGUCUCCAAGGGCGAUUGCAACCUGCCGAAUGAGGCAUUCAUGCGCGGUGCAGUCAGUGGGCUUGGUGACAUUGCGGCCACUUUGUGGCCCUCUGCCGACCCCUCGCCACGGGCCGUCCUGGAUACCCAGUCCUCGUCCCAGCAUGAGCGGCUGGCAGCCACCUUCGCUCGAUUGGUGGCCUCAGCCACAUCCAAGGAGCGCCUAAAUGGCCGAGUUCUGCACUCGCUGAUGGAUAGCAAUGACGAUGUGUUCGAUUAUGAGUCCAAGCUCCAUGGGACAUCGCGCAAAUCGUCCAACAUCAUCAACAUCUACUGGCUCUGUGGAACCCGUUUCGACACUACGGCUGCCUUCGAUGUGUCCGAAAACCGCAUCAUCAUCGCUUCCGGAAGGGCACUUAACCAAAGCCGCCUGACCCUUGUACUGGUGCAGACUUACUUCAAGGUGGCCACCGAGCUGGUCGUGCCUGACAUUGGCCCCUCCCUGCGGGAGAAGCUGCCUUGGAUCGUCCGGUGCUCCAUCGCCCGGAAGUCCUGGCUCGCGGCCGGGCUGAAGCGCACCGCCCAUGCGGCAGCCAUGGAAGCCCGCCAUACUGCCGAUCUUACGGACUUCCCCCUUAAUGACCAGGAUGUUGCAGAUCUGGCUCUCCUGGUGUCGCGGCAUUAUCUCGGGCUUCUGCGGACCGUGGAGCAGAUUUCUCCCGGACGCUGCGCCCGGCCCAUUGACCUGGCUGACCCCGAUCGCCCGGAUACCUUCAUCCACUCGACGCCGGUCAUUGCCGUUGACACUAUCCUCGCCCAUGGUGCCCUGAUGGAUCUCUUCCACAAGACCGCCUACCUGUCACUCAUGGCACGAGUCAAGAAGUUGAGUGGCUCGAUCCCGGACUUCAUGAAACGUCCAGCCCUGGAGGCCCUGGCCGGCCGUGGCAAGGGUGCUCUUGUUCAGCGGGUGGCCAUUCUGCUGGCGGUCGUUGUGGUGGUGGGCCUGGUGCUCAACAAGCUCCUCACCCGGCGUCGUGGGCUGGUCGCGCGCAUGAAGAUCAACUGAUGAUGGCUGUGAUCCCCUUCCCUUGCCACAGCAACACACGCGCACAGCCUUCCGUGGGGGCCCAAGUGUCCUAAAAAGUGUCCCCCCCCCCCCCCCACCGGCGAGU